UAAUAAAUUUGUUUUGCGUCACAGAAAAGAAUUCUACGUACAUAUUGCACUCCACUCUUUGCUGCAAUCGAUCGAACAAGCUGCUUUCUUCUCCGGAAAAAGGAAACCAAUCCAUGUUUUUAUUUCCUUCUGCAAAAUUGAUUUAGCACUUUUUCGAAAGGAAGGAUUCGAUCGAUGAAAGAAAAAGAAGAAGAAGAGGAAGAAGAUGAUGAUGCCUCGUCCCCUCUGAAAUCAGAGAUAGCAAAGCUUCGUAGACGAUGGGAGUUGGCCUCUGUUCUUAAUUUCUUCAAUGUUUUCGAGCCAGUUAUCGGCAAUGAUUCGUUACUAUCCGCGGAGGAGAUCGAGACCGGCCUAGUCAAGCCAAAUGAAUCACUUGCGAAGCUCCACAUCAUGCUCUUAAAGGGGAUACCUCCAGUGAGCAAACUACUGAACCGUUCUGAUGGAUGGGUCACUGUUCUGUGUAAGAAACUGGCUCUAUGGUGGCCAUGGGUCGCUGAAGGUGAGAUACCACUGAUAGCAAGUCGAGGAGGUGACGAGAUAUCGAAAUACAAGGACGAAUUGGAUCCUGUGCAUCGUCUGCUGCUCUUGAGGGCACUCUGUGAAGUCCGAGCUGAUCAAGUUGAUGCAUUGUCGUUCAUCAAUAGUGAGAUGAAGAAAGGAGGAGCUCAUCGAGUUUCUUCCUUUCGUAAGGAUAAGAUUGGAGGAGAUGGAAGCACAUCCUACUGGUGUGAUGGGAAUGCAGUUCUUGGUCACAGAUUGUACAGAGAAGUUACUGUAGACAAAAGAAACAGUACAAAAGCAAAAGCCAAAGCCAAAGGGAAAGCAUGUAAAGCUACAUCAUCAACCAGUCAGUGGGAGACCCUUGCUACUAAUCUCCAAGAAUUUCACCAAGCUGUGGAAGAGCUGUCAUCUAGCAGGAGGAAAGCAGAAGCCUCGGUCUGCCAAACGAUUGAAGCUGAUGUCCUUCCUGAAAUGGAGAAACUCCAGAAGAAGAAAGAUAGGGCACUGAAGAGGAAACAAACACAGGAGAAGCUCUUGAAUGAUGUUAGGGCUUAUACCACUACUGGGCUAACUCGAUCCUGUCGAAAUCGUCGACUAAUCAGUUACACAUUUGAUGAGUAUGACCGUGCCAUUGAUGAGGCUAUAAAACAACAACCAAAGAAAAGGAAAAUGGUAAAAGAGCAGAAAACUAUGACAAUGGAACGUGUUGAGCAAGCAACAAGCCCUAAUUCUGGUACCGAGGACUCGGGUGCUGAUACAGAGUCGAAAGGAACUGAUGACCAUGAUGAUCAAGGCAACUCAUCAUCAGAUGAUGAUGGAAGUGGAUCAAGUGGCCAAAAAGAAGUGGGUGAUGAUGAAGAAGAAGAUGACGACGAUGGCGACGACGCGGACGAGGAGGAUGAUGAUGAUGAUGAUGAUGAUGAUGGCGGGGAUGAUAAUGAAGCAGAUUCAGAAACCCAAAAAAGUGAUGAAAAUGGGAAUGGAGAACAUAGUGAAAAAUCAAGUGAAGCUGAUAAUGAAAAUGAGAGUGUUGACGAUGACACAAGUGGUGGUGAUUAUGAUCAAAACCAAGUUGAUUCAAGCUCUAAAAGCAAGUCUGUUGUGGAAACCCAAGACACAGGGGACAAAGAAUAGGCCUAUAUUGUUUAGGGGUACUUUCUGCACCAAUUGUAUCAUCUUAGCGACGAUUUUGGUAAUAGCUUUCAAUAAAGUAUUCGAUAACAUUUGUUGCAUAAAAUAUACCAUCGUGACAUUAUUUGUAAUUUGGAGCAUUGGAAGAACACAUAUUCAACCUGUGAAUUUCAUCAAUGGUUCUCGAACUGGUAUAAAAAAAGCAUCAUUGCUGCAACCAUUUUCGCCGUUUGUGCAAUAAUUUUGCGCAUAAAAGACUCUUUGUAUUUUGUUUUUGUAAUUAUAGUUCAUAGUACUGUGAGACUGAAACACAAAUAAGAGCAUAACAGAAGCAUAAUGACGUAAAUUGCACCCGAUUUUGGAUCGGAGUAAACCAAAGUAAAUUAGAAGCCGACAU